AUGGUGCUCGCAGCUGAUGCAGGCAUCAGCUUCAGUGAGACGUUCCUAGCGAUUGUCGAAUUCCUCGAAGCAGCCGUUCACACCAUCCUAUAUCUACGACAGGUCUAUCCACCAGAAGCUUUUGUUCGGAGAAAGAAAUACGAUGCACCUGUUUACCAGUCUCGACAUCCGGGGCUAAAUGAGUAUAUAUCUGGAGCGUUGAAGGCGGUGAGAGACGAGAUGAUGCUGGGACAUGUGGACAAGGUCAUCGUUGUUAUCAAAGACGGGAACGAUGUAGCACUCGAGAGAUUCAUAUUUUCGGUCAAAGGCAUGAUCGAAGUACCUGUACAAGGGCGUGAUGACCCGAUCCAAGGUGCGAUGAGCCCAGGGCAGCUAGCUGGAUAUUUUCGAAGCUUUCUCGUGAAGCUCGGUAUGGUUGAGGGCACACUACGGGAGCUACCAAUCGAUGAUGGCACCUCUUUCGCCAUCGUUCUGGAGGUGCCUGAAGAGGCGCGACCAACGGCCUCUCAGCAAGGUGACCCACCACCAUGGAUGCCGGCCGUGCUGCAACAUUCGUCGGAGGGUGUCGGAGAUGAUUCGAAGUUGCAUGUUGUGAGGGCGCUGAACACGGGUGUCAUUGAUCUUUCUAUGAUGGUACAGGAAUCUGAGGCGAAGCUGCAUGGUGCUCGACGGAAGGAAAAGGGCAAAGGACGAGCAACCGAUGAGGAUUAA